AUGCAAACGCACGUGCUGUCCAUAUCGGCAACUCCCUCAUUGAGCGGACAUACGAGUCUGUUCGAGCGGAUCCCAACAGAGGUGUGGGAGCACAUAUUCAAAUACGUCGCUGGAGAGUCUGAUCCGACUCUCAAUGGCAAAUUCAUCCACGACCUCGCGCUCAUGCGUGACUGGAAAGAGGAUGACAAGCAUCAACAGGCGAGAGUCAAACCUAUGCUUUUGCAGCCGAGAUUGGCACUCGUCUGCAGGAAAUUUUAUCGUAUCCUCUCCGACAUGGACCACAACGUCACCGUUUUCAGUUGCGGGGCCCCGAGGAUGCUCGGUGGGCACAGAAUUGAGGAAUCAAAGAGGCUCUUCUUUUAUCCAUCGAAGAAUAGUGUCGAUCCUCGUCUCAAAAUCGUCCAGUUUUCCGACCUCACGUUUCUCUACGUCGAAAACCUCCAAUUUGACCUCUCGGGCCUCUUCGCACGCUCACCCCUGCUUCACUCACUAUCCAUCGUCACCCCUUACUCAAAUCUCUUUCUCUUCCGCAUGCUUUCUCACUCGGUCGCGAAUCAACUGACCCACCUCUCGCUGACGAUGGAGACGGGAAUGUGGCUGGAGCCAUUGAUUUCACUCCAGUCACUCCGCUUCCUUCGUCUACACUUUGUCAACUGGCACGAUUACACAUCGACGGCAAGGAGCAACUGCCAGGAGAUAGUCCCCUGGACCCUGCCACGUCUAUCUUCUCUUGCUCUCUGCGGUGGAAUGGAUGAGGAGUGGUUUGUGGCCCUCCUACCGUUCAUAGAGCGUCAUUGCGAUAUGGUGAUACAGCAUGACAAUCAGCUCGUCCUGGCUGGACGUUCUGAGAGGUACGAGGUGGUAACAGCACAUCAUUUUCCAGCUCUUAAAAUCUAUCGAGGGUGGGUUAAUGAACUCUUUGCAGUUCAAAGUAACUCGAAUACUCUCCCUGACAAGACGUUACCACUUACAAUGCUGCUCGGGUCAGAGAGCGUCCACACCCUUUCGACACGGAUCAACGGUGGCGACGCAGUGCCGAGUGGGCAACUGGGUAUACGUCUCGCGGGAACGCACUAUAUCGUCAAUAGGGUGAUGAUGUGCGAAUCAUGGGAGACAACUGCGCAGGAUUUAGGUAUUCCCAUAGAUCAAGCUCACAUCUUUGCAAUUAGGUGGCUUAUCUCACGUGGAAUUCGCGUAGUUGAUUGCCACGAGGUAGAUUUUGAUGACUUUACAGGUUCCUGGCCCAAGCCAGCUGAGAGUACUCACGACCAUCAGGUUCUGGCUGACGAAAACCAAACGCAACUAGCAACUCCGUCCCUCCCUGUCUAUCCACCCACGGCUGGUAUGGCCCUUGCCCAACCGCCUCCCCAAUCUUGGUGGAUGCGAGCCGUCGAGUUCCUCCUCGGCGUUCUGCGCCGAUUGCGAUUGGCGUAA